UAUAUAUAUGCAACUUGAAUUGAAUUAUCAAUGCUGCCCUUAAAAUUUAGAAAAAUUAAAUAACACAAAAUUCACCAUGAAAAGUGUUCAUAUUCAAUUACAUCCAUCAUUAUUAUUCAUGGAUGAUUCAAGCCAAAAGAAAAUUUUUCAUUAUAAAAUAUACGACAAUUUUUCAUUAUCUUAUUUAUUAUGGACCAUACUAGCCAUUUUAACAAUAAUAAUCACUCGGCCUGUGCAUUGUAUUAAUGAUGAUACGAUUAUAUCCAGAGAUAUACAAUUCACUGGUUAUCCAUCAUAUGGUUGGGAUCCAUCAAGAACAUUGAAUACUAUUUGUGCGGAAAGAAGAUGUGAACCAAGCCUACCCGGUUGUCGUUGUGAUCCUACUAGUACGGAUCCAAUGAUUAUUUGCUGUUGCUGUAAUCAAUAUCGAAAUAAUACACAACAACGUCUUUGUUCACAACGAGUAUGUGUAUUUGGUGAUUGUAAUUGUAUUGGCGAAAAAGGAUCCAGAGGCCCACCUGGGAUGCCCGGUCCUGUCGGUCCCGUGGGUUUAACCGGACAUCCGGGCAUGGAAGGCGCGCCCGGAGAACGUGGUCCAAAGGGUUCCAGAGGCCCAGAAGGGCCUAGAGGUCCAAAAGGCGAUCGUGGUAAAAUGGGAAUGGCUGGUUUUCCUGGUAUCCCAGGCUUGCCGGGCGUUCCCGGGGCUCAAGGACCCAGAGGUUACGCUGGUUUGGACGGAUGCAACGGUACCGAUGGAAAGCCUGGCUUGCCAGGCCGUCAGGGACAUUCCGGCCCGAAAGGUGAAACCGGGCCUAUUGGCCCGAAAGGAGACAAAGGUGAACCGGCAAUUUCAACGUCGGAUAAAGGCCAAAAAGGUGAACCUGGACGAGAUGGCGCGAAUGGGUUUCCUGGCCCUUUGGGAUUUGAAGGUCCGAAAGGAGAAAGAGGCCUUCCUGGCUUACCUGGAUCUAAAGGAGAUAAAGGUGAUAUGGGUCCAAAGGGCCCCAUCGGAAAAGUAGGUGUUUGCAUCGAAGGCGUCAAAGGCGAACGUGGUGAAAAAGGCGAUAAAGUAGUUUGCUACACAAAAUCUGACCCAUCUAUUGGACCACCUGGUACUGAAGUUAUCACUGUCAAAGGCCCUCCUGGUGAAAAAGGUGACAAAGGGGAAGUGGGACCAAGAGGGGAUCGCGGUUUUGAUGGCGAACCAGGAAGAAUUGGCAUGCCCGGUCAAGUUGGUGAUAAAGGUGACAAAGGGGCACAAGGAUUCAUCGGAAGUCGUGGAAAAGAAGGUUUACCUGGUCUCCCUGGUUUAAAUGGAUACAAGGGGGAUAGGGGGGAAAAUGGCUUCAAUGGUUUACCUGGAAUUAAAGGAAACAAAGGAGAAAUGGGACCAAUGGGCUGGCCUGGUGAAAAAGGGAUACAAGGCCCGCAAGGUCUACCUGGUGGUUCGCAAGGCCGACCAGGUCCCCCGGGACCGGCCGGUCCCAAGGGAAAUAUUGGCCUGCCUGGGUUACAAGGAUUACAAGGUAUGAAAGGUGAAAUGGGACCCAGAGGACCACCAGGGCCCCCUGGUGGUCAAGGAAUCAAUGGAUUACCUGGCAGGGAAGGGCCAAUGGGGCAAAAAGGCCAAAAAGGCGAAGCCGGAUAUCCGGGAAAAGAUGGAAUGGACGGUCCAGCCGGUUUACCAGGUUUAACUGGGAGCAAAGGCGAACCAGGAAUGAAAGGCGAUCGUGGAUUGAGCAUACCCGGACCAAAAGGACUCGACGGCAUGAAAGGUCUCAAUGGAAUCCCUGGGAGCAAAGGCGACAAAGGUCAAAAAGGUGAACGUGGCAUACCUGGCGAUUCAAAAGAUGGAAUACCUGGACCGCCUGGCCUUGCAGGUGAAAAAGGGGAUAAAGGAUAUGCCGGUAGAGCAGGACAGAAUGGCCUUCCGGGACUAAGGGGACCUAAAGGUGAUUCUGGUAAAUCAUGUUCAUCAUGCAUACCGGGCGUAAAAGGAGAAAAGGGUGAAAGGGGUCGAGAUGGGCUCCCAGGAAUUCAAGGGUUCAAAGGCGAAAGAGGUCCUAUGGGCCCACCAGGGCCCAGAGGCGACGAUGCUGCUCCUGGAUUUCCUGGACUCAAAGGAGAACGGGGGUUUCCUGGUUUGAAUGGAAGAGAUGGUCCAAAAGGGGACAAAGGCGAAAAUGCAAUCAUCUCGUCAUUGCCAAAAGGCGAAAAAGGUGAGCGUGGUUUCAAGGGUGAUAAAGGGGAACCGGGAUUGAAUGGAAGAAUUGGCCCCCAAGGUCUGCCUGGUCUAAUGGGAGUUAAAGGCGACAAAGGAGAUAAAGGUUUUCCUGGAUUUCCUGGCAUAAACGGGCAACAAGUGUAUCCGAUAGGAUUGAAAGGUGAUAAAGGUUUUGCUGGAACUGGAAGAACUGGUUUGCCAGGUUUGCCUGGUAGCAGUGGCCAAAAAGGUGAUAUGGGUCCUCCCGGUCCUAUGGGAGAAAAAGGAAACAAAGGCCAGCCUGGAAUGAUGGGAAUCAAGGGCGAUAUUGGCUAUCCUGGGUUACCUGGUUUUCCUGGAUCCAAGGGCGAAAUAGGAGAGCCAGGGUAUCCGGGACCAAUGGGUCCCGAAGGCCCCGCCGGUUUUCCAGGACGUGAUGGCAUGAAAGGAAAUAAAGGUGACAGAGGCCUAGCCGGAAACAACGGAAUGAACGGCUUGCCCGGCCAAAAAGGUGACAGAGGCUAUCCAGGUCUUUCUGGCCUGCCUGGUAUGCCUGGAAAAGAAGGCAAUUCCGGCCCCCCGGGUCGAGAUGGUAUGGCUGGAUUACCAGGAAUAAAAGGCGAAAAAGGGGAUGCAAUACCUGGACCCCCAGGUUUGGCUGGUCAACCCGGUGCCGAUGGAAUGCAAGGACUUAAAGGCGACAAAGGAAAUGCCGGAAUGCCUGGUAUGCAGGGUCAAAAAGGCGUUCAAGGUCCAAAAGGAGAUAAAGGUUAUCAUGGGUUACCUGGUUUGAGGGGACCACCAGGUGAUGGAGCGAUAAAAGGAGAUAAAGGCGAUCCUGGUAUUCAACCGGGCGCCACUGGAUUAGCCGGUGAAAGAGGCGAAAGAGGUUUUCCAGGGCUUCCGGGGAUGAAAGGUGAUAAAGGGCUCCCAGCAACAAGUUUAGAAGGUGUCAAAGGAGAUAAAGGAGAUGCUGGUUUGCCUGGACCACGAGGAAUUUAUGGAAUUUCCGGUCCUAAAGGCGAUAAAGGAUUGAAAGGAUUGCCGGGACUUCAAGGACCAAAGGGCGAACGUGGACCACAGGGACCAUAUGGCCCAAUGGGCUUGCGUGGAACUUCCGGUUUGCCUGGUUUUCCGGGCCUAAAAGGGGAAAUCGGCAAUGUUGGUUUAAAAGGAUUAAAAGGCCAAACCGGUGAUGUUGGAUUGCCUGGUUUUUCCGGUCAAAAAGGCGAAAAAGGCCAAGCUGGCUUACCUGGUGGUGGCGAAAAAGGUGAAAAAGGUGACUUGGGUUUACAAGGACCAGUCGGAAUUUCGGGAGCCAAAGGCGAUAGAGGUUUGAACGGCAUCGCCGGGUAUCCAGGACAAAAGGGUGACAUCGGAUAUAGUGGUGCUCGUGGACCACAAGGGCUACCUGGCCUGCCUGGACCCAAAGGCGAUAUUGGUGAACCUGGACUGGAUGCAAGAUGCUCCGAUAUUGGAAAAAUAAUCAAAGGUGACCGUGGGUUACAAGGAAUGCAGGGACUUCAGGGACCAGUCGGGCCCCCAGGCAUCGGAAUAAAAGGAGAUAAAGGUGAACCAGGUCCCAUCGGAAGUCCAGGUCCCAUCGGAAAUCAGGGACCAAAAGGUGAAAGAGGAUUGGAUGGAUUGCCAGGACUUCCGGGGCUAAAAGGUGAAAGAGGAUUGGAUGGGUUACCUGGCGCCAAUGGACAAGAUGGACUUUUAGGUCCCCCUGGUCCGAAAGGAAAUGUUGGAGCACGGGGCGAAAAAGGGGAUAAAGGGGAAAGGGGAUUGGACGGGGUUCCUGGUUUGCUCGGUAUCAAAGGAGAAAAAGGCUUGGCCGGAAGGCCAGGAAUGAACGGAUUGAUCGGACCACAAGGCCAACGUGGUGAUAAAGGCGAUUCUUGUGUGGCACCCUUGAUUACUGGAGAAAAAGGAGAGAAAGGUGAAAGGGGAUUUCCGGGCCGAGAAGGUUAUGCGGGACCGGCUGGGGUUGCGGGUGAAAAAGGACAAGUUGGACCUAAAGGGGAAAGGGGAUUGGACGGCCUCCCUGGUUUGCCGGGCAUGAAAGGUGAAAGAGGUUUCGAUGGUCUUGCUGGUCCAGCUGGCUUGAAAGGAAAUCAGGGUCCCAGAGGAUAUCCUGGUCUAGCUGGCGAUUCUGCAUCCAAUUAUUUUACCGGUAUAUUAUUGGUACGACAUAGUCAGCAAAGCUCCAUUCCAGAAUGUCCACAUGGAAUGGGAAAACUUUGGGAUGGUUACAGUCUACUAUAUAUUGAGGGCAAUGAAAAAGCUCAUAGCCAAGAUCUUGGAUUUGCCGGCUCUUGUUUACGACGAUUCAGUACGAUGCCAUUUUUGUUUUGUGAUUCAAAUAGCGUCUGUAAUUAUGCAAGCCGUAAUGAUAAAUCCUAUUGGCUAACAACUAAUGCACCGAAACCAAUGAUGCCCGUACGAGAAGCAGCCAUACAGAAUUACAUCAGUCGUUGUGUUGUUUGUGAAGCACCAAGUAAUGUGAUUGCCGUUCAUAGCCAAACAGAAUCCAUUCCACAAUGUCCACAAGAAUGGACCGAACUUUGGAUUGGUUAUAGUUUUGCUAUGCAUACCGGAGCAGGUGCUGAAGGUGGUGGACAAUCAUUAUCAAGUCCAGGUAGUUGUCUGGAAGAAUUCCGUGCAACACCAUUUAUCGAGUGCAAUGGAGCUGCUGGUGGUUGUCAUUUUUUUGCCAAUAAAUUCAGUUUCUGGCUAACGACAAUCGAAGCGGGCAAAGAAUUUCAAAAACCAAUCAGUGAAACAUUAAAAUCCGGUAAUCUACGUAGCAAAGUUAGUCGUUGUGCUGUUUGCUACAAGCCAUGAAACAAAACAAAACAAAAAACGAAAAAAAAGUUUUAAUUAUCUUUCUUGACAGCAUUUCUUUAAAAAAAAUGAUGAAAUGAUUUUUUUGCCAAGUUAUAUAAUAUUCUCUUGUUAUGCGUAUGUUUUUUUUAAAGAAUUUUUCCUUUUUUUCAACACAUAUUCUGGCCAUUGAAACAAACAAACACGAAAACUGAA